AUGACAUCUCUCGUCAUUGCUCUAGUGUCGCAAGGGAGAAACCCCGACGCCACAGUGACAAACAUCUUCGUGCCGGUGAAGUCCAACUUUGAGCGAGUCAUCUCCUGCUCGGGUGCAUACGAUUCUGUGGAUACCAACUGCUCCCCCUCGCAUGGGCUCCAAUAUCAAGCUACUGGCUGGAGUGUUUCAUGGAACAAAAAGAUUAAUCUGGCUUUCUUGCUUCCUUAUCUUCAAAGUGGAGUCAUCCUCAACAUUCUCAACUACGAGGGCUCGAAUGCAGCGUUCACGGUCGGACCACAGACUGUGUACCAGACACUGGACCCAAUCAAAGCGGCUUUGAGCUCCAUUCAGACAACCAAUAUCGGCGCUGAUGCAAAUGUCACCAUGUUUGGAUACUCGGGUGGUGGUUUUGCUACCGAAUGGGCCACUGAGAUUCGCGCGUGGUAUGCUCCCAAGCUGCCCAUCGUUGGAGCAGUGAUCGGUGGACCAUCACCCAAUGUCACCAGCACCUAUUACAAUGUCAACAAAGUCCCUCUUUCGAUAUUGAAUGGUGCUGCAAUACUGAGAAUCAUGAGCGAGUGGAUGUGA